CUCGAAUGCACAUUUGAUCCGGCGUGGCUCGAGCCUAACAUCCUACCUAUCCAGCUAGCGGCGCAGCAGCUAGAAAUGGGGCGUGCAGCAAUGCGGUGGCUCCCGGCGCUGCUCGCCGUCCUGGCCGCGCGGCUGGCCACCGUCGUCGUCGUCCGGGCCGCUCCCCAGGUACCGUGCUACUUCGUGUUCGGGGACUCGCUCGUCGACAACGGGAACAACAACGACAUCGCGUCGCUGGCGCGGGCCAACUACCCGCCCUACGGCAUCGAUUUCGCCGGCGGCCCGACGGGACGGUUCAGCAACGGCCUCACCACCGUCGAUGCUAUAUCUCGUCUUCUGGGCUUCGACGAUUACAUCCCCGCGUACGCCGGCGCAAGCAACGAUCAGCUUCUCACUGGCGUCAACUUCGCCUCCGCUGCAGCCGGGAUACGGGACGAGACCGGCCAGCAACUGGGCGCACGGAUAAGCUUUGGCGGUCAGCUCCAGAACUACCAAGCUGCCGUGCAGCAGCUGGUGAGCAUCCUGGGCGACGAGGACUCGGCGGCGAACCACCUGAGCCAGUGCAUCUUCACCGUGGGCAUGGGCAGCAACGACUACCUCAACAACUAUUUCAUGCCCGCCAUCUACUCCACCAGCCAGCAGUACACGCCGGAGCAGUAUGCCGACGUGCUCAUCAACCAGUACUCGCAGCAGCUCAGCGCCUUGUACGACAACGGGGCGAGGAAAGUGGCGCUGAUGGGCAUUGGGCAGGUCGGGUGCAGUCCGAACGAGCUGGCGCAGCAGAGCCCCGACGGCAGCACCUGCGUGGGGCGGAUCAACAGCGCCAUCGAGAUCUUCAACGAUAAGCUCGUCGGCCUCGUCGACCAGUUCAACGCGCUGCCGGGGGCGCAAUUCACCUACAUCAACGCCUACGGGAUCUUCGAGGACAUCUUGAGAGCCCCAGGAUCGCACGGUCUGACGGUGACGAACCGAGGGUGCUGUGGGGUCGGGAGGAACAACGGGCAGGUGACGUGCCUGCCGUUCCAGACGCCGUGUGCCAACAGGAACGAGUACCUCUUCUGGGACGCCUUCCACCCCACGGAGGCGGCCAACAUCCUCGUCGGCCGGAGGGCGUACAGCGCGGCGCUGCAGUCCGACGUCCACCCGGUGGAUCUGCGCACGCUCGCUCAGCUCUAGUUACAAGAGAUGCCGGUCACGUCGAGAGCUUAUAGGUGUCUUCCCUUUUUGUUUUUUUGUUUCUCUCGUGAUUGUGCGGAAAUUAUAAGGUUACAUAUUUCCUUUCUUUUCUUAUUUUACAUAUUUCCUUUCUUCCGUCUGCUACUCGCAAGCUUUGUGUGCAUCUGAACUAUAUAUAUGAUACAUAUAGAGGGUUUCUUCCGGUUUUACUUAAAGUAAUUGAGGGCAUACUUCCUAUUAUUCUGAAA